AUGGAACCUGUCAUCGAACUUGUCUAUGAAGGUCUCUACAUGCUGCGCAUCGAGCUGAGCUUCUUGGUGGCUCUCGCCUUUCUAUGGGUGGCGGGCCAGUCACUGAGCAACAAGCGUGUCGAUCCAGUCAAGGCCCGUAAGGCUCCAGCUCCACGUCGUGGAACGACUCGGCGCGCCAACGUGGAUGAGACUCUCACACCCUCCACCGUUGACCCGAAGAAGCUCCAAGACCCUUCAUGGGUCGUGGCGCAGGUGGCUGCUCUUUGCCGCUCUCAAGUUCAACGUGCAAUGGAAUUGUACCGAGUUGCUGUGCGGGCAGGCUUAAACAUCAAGGAGAUGUCCGCGAAUGACUGUCAGCAACUCUACUCACAUUUGGUCACUGCUGCCAUCCGUGUGGGGCAAGCUGAUGAUGCCUUGAACCUCAUGAAGGACCUCCGGCGCUUUCAAGAAGUGGAUGUCGCUUUGCUGGCCUCGGCCACAAAGCUUUGCACCUCCAAGCAGCUUUUUGCAGACUGCUUGAGCAUCUAUGACUUCACAUCGCAAGAUCCUAAACUUGAAGUUCAGGACAAGAGUGUAUGGAGUUGCUUGCUCUUCUGUGCUGUCGAGACCAAGAGCUAUCAUCGGUGCUCCUUCUUCUUCGAGCGUUUGAGAACCUAUGGCUCUCCAUCUCCAAAGGACUUUGGCAACAUGGUGCGAUACGCUUCAAGUACAAGCAACUGGCGGUUGGCAUUGCAUCUCAUUGACGACAUGCAGAAGGCACAAGUGGAGGUGGACAGCGUGGUGUACAACACAGUGCUAGCGGCUUGUGUAAGUGCCGAACAGCUCGACCAGGCCCGUAAGCUCUUGGAUCAAAUGGUUGCAGCUGGAGGAGUCACCGAUGUCAUCACCUACAAUACGCUGGCUAAGGGGUAUGCCAAAGCUGGUCGCAUGGACAUGUGCUUCGAAUUGUACCAGCUGAUGCGUUCGCGUGGCCUCAGCCCAUCUCAAGUGACCUAUGGAAUCCUGCUGGAUGGCUUUAUCAACGACAAUGAGGUGGAUAAAGCGGUGGACAUUUUCAACACCAUGCGCACGGAGGGCUGCCAAAUGAAUACGGUGCUCUACACAACUCUCAUCAAAGGCUUUGCACGAGCAGGGCAAGUGGACCAAGCUGUGCAAAUCUAUGAGGAGAUGCGAAAGGAAAGGUCCAUGCAGCCAGACGUCAUCACAUUCUCGAUCCUCAUCAAAGCAAAUUGCGAUGUGGGCAGGCUAGAAGAAGCUCUGAAGAUGCUACUGGCCAUGAAGGAGGCAGGACUCAAGCCGGACGAGGUCGUCUUCAACAACCUGUUGGGCGGCUGCAUCAACGACUGCAAGCUGGAAUUGGCCAAGGACCUAUACAAGGAGAUGAUUGCCUCCAAUGUUAAGCCAUCUGUAGCAACCUUUUCAAUCCUGAUUCGCCUGUAUGCUCAAUGUAAGCAUUGGGAUGAAGCAGUAGACUUGUUGCGCCAGGAGCUGCCAUUACAAAAGGUCUCGCCGGAGCCACGACUUUUUGGUCAGUUGGCACAGUGCUGCCUUCGUGAUCGGCAGGGCCGUCGAGCCAGUGAGGUCUACAAGAUGCUGACAGAGAGCUCCACACCAACUGCUGCCAUGAACAGCACUUUGCUUGGGAUGUGCGCCAAGCUGAAUAUGCUGGACACAGGUGCUGAGAUCAUGCACUUGGCUGCUGAUGCCAACUCACGGGUGGACCCCCGUGAUGCUGCUAUGAUGCUUGAGGUCAAUGCAGACUACCUGGGCAGUGGUGCCAUUUUUGCUACGCCUACAAAGGCAAGUGCUGCGAAGGGGUUGGAACACCUACCGGCCUUGCGGACGCAAGUGGCUUCGAAGGGACCAGUCCCCAUUGUCGCCAUUGGUGGGGUGGAUCUAUCUUCUGCUGGUGACUGCAUUCGCUCCGGCGCUGACGGUGUGGCUGUGGUUCGUGGCUUGCUGAAGAGCGAUGGUCCUGAGGAUUCUGAGGCCAAAGCUAAGGCACUCAUUUCUGAGGUUCGCUCUGCUCUUGCAGAACGCAGCGGAGAAUGA